CUCUACAGCCCCUGAAUUCAUCCCAAAAAGGAAAAAGAUUGCAGUCAAGUCAUCUGCUGCUGGCUCUAAACCUAAAACCAAGUCAAAGUCACCGAAAGCAAAAAAACUAGGAAAGUCACCAAAUUUGAAAGUUUCAAAUAAAAGUAAAACACAGCCCCUAAAAAACACACAGACAUCCACAUCUCAAAACAACAACACAAACUCAGUUGAUCAUGAUCACAGUGAUGAUGACAGUAAUGAUUUUGAAGUCACAUCAUCCGGGUCUUGUAGGAGACCUGUUAAAAAAACCAACCCAACCAAUUCAGUUGAUCAUGAUAACAGGGAUGAUGACAGUAAUGAUUUUGAAGGUACAUCAUCUGGGUCUUUCAGGAAACCUGUUAAAAAAAGUAAAACAAUUGGCAGCCCACCACUUCUCAGAAUUUCCAGGUCAUUGUUUAAUGCAAAUAAAAGUUCUGACCAUAUACAGAACAACAAUGAUGAAGAUAAAGUGGCCAAUCACUCAUCUAUAGAACAGGAGGAAGGUAAUCUUUUCCUUUUUAUGUCUAAUGUUUUCAAUGGGGGAGUGGAAAAAAUAAAUAAUUUAAGGACUUUUCUUUUUAAAUGAUUGUAAUUCAAAUCUGAAAGAAUUGUUUUUAAAAACAUUUGCAUCUUUAUUUUUAAAAUUUAUUUUUUGAUUAGUUUGAAGGAUUUACGUGACAUAAUUCUAAAAUAACAAAGGAUAAAAUUGGACCGAAGCAUAGUAGAGGGAAAGUAAAUAAUUAAACUUAGUUUUUAUUACCUGUUGUUUUAUUAAUUUACUGUUUUUGUUAAUGAAGUCUUCAGCCUAAGCGUCCUUUUGAUUGUCCUUAGUCAUUAUUCAGGCUUCUUCUUCUUCUUCUAUAUCUUAAGGGCCCACGAUCAAUUUAUUGAUCAUUUUGGCUCCUAUGCAUGUAGAUGGGAUUUGCAAUGUUUCAAUACAACGUCUUAUUUAAUGAAGGAUUUAAAUGAUUUAUUAAUCCAUUAUAUUUAAAAUAUUUAUCUUUAAAUUAUUUUUGCAAAAAAUUAUUUAAUUCAAGAGCAUACCACAUUUUCAGAGUGAACUAACUCAAAGAGAAAAAAUUCAAGUGCAUUAGGUUAAAACUAAUGAAAUUUAACAAAAACUGGUUUUGAAAGCAAAAACUAGUAGUUGAUUUUCCCAGGCUGGUUACAACUUUAUUUUAUAUCAAGCUAUAAAAAAAUAUUUAAAAUGUCAAAUUACAAUAAUAAUAAAAAUAAAACAAAUAGUAAAUGUGCUAUUAUUAUUUUUUGAUAAAUUAUAAACUUUAAAAAAAAUAUAGAUGCUGUUUAAUGCAAGAAAUUGGUAGUAAAAGUGGCCGUUUUAUUGUUGCAAUAGUGAAAUGUGUGAUAGAUAUUGACAAGUUGGCACAUUGCAAUGACCCAUUCUUUUGCCAAACCCCAACCCCCCCCCCCUUUUUUUUUUAAAUGAAUGAAAACUAUAUUGUAAAGAGAAGACAUAAAAUGAAGCAUAAUUUAUUUAUAGUAGGCCUAUAUGAAUAGGGAAAAAUCCUUCUUCGUCUUUUCUUUCCUUUCCCAUGGAUGGUAUGGUCUAUAAAAUGUCAUUUCAGUUUGAAAUGAUUUGAGGAGAGGUGAAGAAUACUUUGCAAAUAGGGGGCAAGUCCUGGCAGGAAAAUGUGUGGGCAUUUACCCAAGACCUCCAAACCCCACUCUUUCAAUAAAUAUUUAGGCUAUUUGUUUCUUAGGAAAAAAAAUUGCAGGAUCUUUGUUCCCAUGCAUUUCUGCAAGACUGGGGCCCUGAUUGUUAAAACCAAAGUCAGGUUUAAAAUCGGAUUUUUAAAAUUGAAAACUAGUUUGAAAAAAAGAAUUUAUAAAUUUUGUCUUUAACAUCACUAGUUAAAACAGAUAAUAAAAAGUAAACAUAACAUUUUAUUUAAACGCAAGGCAAUAAGAAAUUAUUAUUAUUAGUGGUCUAAUAUAGCGUGGUACCCCAGCUUAGAAUGAUAUUACAAAGUAGAAUAAACACAAAACUUAUUGACCGCACGCUACAAGUUUCCUUGGAUGGAUCAGAUGGAGUGUAUACAUUUUUACCAAUCAGUUUUUCACUUCCAGCCUUUUAAAAUAAAAUGAAAAUUAUCUUACUUUGAUAGGUCAAGUUCUUAUAAAAAGUAUGAGAAAUGGCAUACAUACUGCAGUUCAAACUGAUCAACCAGAAGCAACGAUUGUAUGUGAACCUGGAAUUCAGACAGAGAGUGAAGUCAUAACAAGGACAAUUAGUACAUUCCAUCAUAAUGUACAUAAACUGAUAGGAAAGAUAUUGCCAGAAAUGGAUAUAGGGGAUGUUUGUGAUAUUGAAAGUAUGGUUUUAAAUAUGAUUAGGGAAGACACCCCUGAAGACUCUGAAGAGGACAUUUCUGAAAAUUUUUUACAUUUAUAAUUUUUAAAAAUGUUUCUUAAAAUUUUUUAUACCAUUUUACAUGGGUUUAAUUAUUUUAAUUGUAAACUUCAAAAAUAUAUUGAAUUAAUGUCAUGUUGUUUUACUGCAGACAGUGCUCUUAAUUCAUCCUGAUUGAUUACUAACAAUUAUUUGUUUUUCAUUCACCUCUUUCUUUAAACAAUAAUAACUGCAUUAUUUUAAUUUUAAUAUUCAUGUCUUUCUUUGAAGUUUAUAAAAGUAAACUUAUUUCAUACUAAAUUUCCUUAACCUCCCUGUCUGUUAAAUUUUGCUUUAAAACUAUUCCAUCCUGAUGAUUGACCCUAGCUAAUGCUUGGUUAUAUUUUCACAACCACUCUUUUGUCAUUAUUUUGUGUUGUGGAAGGACACAGAGUUAAGAGAUAUAUUUAUUAUUUGCUAUCAAUCACUUUGCAGUGGUCUUACUGUUAAAUCAAAUAACAAUGGAAGGCAAUGAAAACAUUAAAUUUUUGGGGUUACUGAGUACAAGGUAAAACUUUCUAAAAGGUCGGGGUCAUAAUUGGCUUAAAUUGGCUUCAUCAGGGUUUCUUUAAAAAGGAUAGGGGAGGGGGGGAAUGUGAGAAAGCUGAAAAAAAUAAAUGAAAGAAAAAUAAUAGAAAGUUAACUGAUUGAAUUUUUCAUCAGCGAAGAGUUAAUGUGCUGAAUUUUAAAUAUAUUUUUAAUAAAUAAAAUGUAUAUGUGGAAAACGAAUACAUGUCAAAAAAUUAUAUUUAUUUAACUCUCCUCUGUCAUAUACAGUCUUGGGGACAAACCCAUGCCCAGGUUGUUUUGAAUUUUUAUCAGCAGUUGUUUUUGUGGCCAUUUUUUUUGUGCUAAUUUUUGUUCUGAUGCAUUUUUUUUUCUUUCCAUCAAUUUGGUAUCAAGGAAAACCACAUAUUUAUUUACAUUGUUAAAAUAAUUUUUAUAGGUUUGGGUUGGAAUGGGGGGGGGUGUUACCGAAAUUAUUUGAAAUUGAGAGGAGGUGCUGCGCUGCAAAAAUAGGAGUGGAUUUGUUCACAUUAAUUUUUUAAUUUUGGAGACACGAUUGUUUAUUUGAUAGAGAUUAAGUUACUUAAGGGAGAGUUUAUUUAUCAAUAUUGAUUAAAAUGAUCUCUGCCCAACUCCACAAUUUUAAUGCCAAUGCUAUUUCCAAGUCUGCAGUUUUAUAUUAUAGAGAGGGGCUUACAGGGUUUUUUGGGGAAACAAACUUGAAUUACGAAUCAAGAACAGUGUUAAAAUUUUUAAUGAACUUUUAUUCUAUUGUUCAACACUUACAUACACUUGAGGCAGAGUUUUCUCUAUUGGUUUCUUUAGUCUUAUCUAUUUGAUAUAGCCAUGCUGAUUCAAGGGCUUCUAUCCCGACCCCGAUAGGUGGAAGU